GUUCAUUCUAUUCUGGUUUACUUCCCCGCCGACGUAUCGUACAUAUCGAUCAUCAAAGGAUGAAAAUCCUAAAUUUCCUUUUCUCCCAAUCGAACCGGACUUGGCGGCCAUUCAUCAAAACUUCACGAUGCCUUUCGCAGAAGGAUAGACUGGUAUCUGACUUGAAAGUCUUUGAACCAAACAGGGAGGAGAUGAAAAAAGUCUUUGAAAAGUUUGAUACAGACAGUGAUGGGAAAAUAUCAGUGGAGGAAUUGGUUCGGGUCUUGAAGGCUUUGGAUAAGGAUGAUUCAGCUCCUAAGGCUGAGGUGCAUAAGCGUGAGGCAGAAAAGAUGAUGGAUGUGGUAGACAAGAACCAUGAUGGUUUCAUUGAUUUUGAUGGAUUCAUGGACGUGCAUAGGAAGGGGGUGAUGUCUUGUGAGAUUUUGGGUGCUUUUCGAAUGUUUGACAUUGAUGGGAAUGGUAGGAUCGGUGCAAAUGAGUUGUUCAAGGCGCUGGGGAGGCUAGGGGAGAACUGCACCUUGGAGGAAUGCCAAAGGAUGGUGAGAGCACUGGAUAGUGAUGGGGAUGGGUACGUGGAUAUAGAUGAGUUUAUGGCCAUGAUGACCAGAACCAUGAAACUGGUUGAGUAUUUUUAGUGUUUGGGUUAUGGUCUUGUUAGGUUUAGGGCUUGUGGGUUGUUGGUUCAGUGGUCUAAUGCGUUUGUGUUAAGGUGAGCUUGUGUCAAGCCAUGAUGGUUAUGUUAGGUUCAGGUUUGGAGGUCAUGGGUCUGACAGUGGUCGAGUUGGGUGCUUGGGCUUUUAAUCUUCAUGCCAAGGGCUAAUUGGGUAUGUAGGCAUAUGGUCAUUGGUCUUAGCAACGACUAAUUGGGGUUUAGGGCAUGUAGGUGGUUCGUCCAAUCAGUGAUCUAAUUGGGUGUUUGGGCUGGUUUAAGUUGGUCUGUUGAUUGGUCUAGUUGGUUUCGAGGUUCGUGAUGGUGGAUCUGGUCUGUGGUCUAACCAGAGUUUCGUGUUUGCGGGUUGUUAACCCAAGCCGUCUUCAAAUUGCUUGGUUGGUCUGUGAAACAGGCUUAUUAGGGUACCAGGCCAAUGGUGGUUACCAUGAGCAGUGUUCCAUUCAGAGCUUAGACUCAUGACUGUUUGGUAAAACCAAUGGCCGUGAUGCUUGCUCUCAGGUGGUUUUAUGUAAGGGUGUGGUUUGUAUAGAGCCGAGGUUCUAAAUAGUCAAAA